AAAGGAUCACUUUGCCAUUGGGUGUAUCAAGAAGGCAAAGGGCGAUUCCAUCCGUCAUAAGCAAGGAACGAGUUAAUCCUUUUUCGGAGAAUGGAGACAAUACGACAAUUUCCUUGGAUUCUGAUCUUGGUUUCUAUCACGUGCCAGCUCUGUCGGGCGGAUGUAGACACGGACACCCGGAACAAUGAGGAUGACGUCAUCCAGCUGAGCAUGGAGAACAACUCUGCUGCUUACAUCUACACCCAGAGCAAAGAGUCCGACAUGUUGGCCAUCGAAUAUCUCAAAAAGGAGCGCGGAAUUAAUAAAACGCUUGACAAGGCGUGGAGGGAGGCACUUGACGAACGACAAACCGACCCGCGACUGAGCAAGGCCCCAGUGCCCCGGGGGCUCAGAGAACAACACGUGGUUGCCAUAAUUGCCUACACGCUGGAGACCCCAUUGUAUAGCCAGUUCAAUACGGCGAUGAGGAUGUACGGAGCCAAUGACUCCGUCUACGCGGAGAAAUUUCCUUUCAAAAGUUUCCAGUAUCUUCUCUCCGUUGCCAUCCAGAGACUGAGAGAGGUCUUGGGUAAGACACCCCAGCCGACCUACAGAAGAAUGCGGAAAAAGUCCUCCGGUAAGGUGGGAUCACGAAUGAAAUUUGGCUAUUUUGCUUCGACCUCUUGCAAACAAGGGGAGGAGGAAUUCGGCAAGAAAACAAUAUUUACAAUUUUCUCUCAGUACGGUGCCCAGAUAGAAAAUUACUCGUCUAUCCCCGGUGAGGAAGAGGUUCUGAUUCCGCCAUAUGAAGCGUUCAAAAUCACGCGUUACCAACCGCGUACUGACGGAGUGGAUAUUUCUCUCGAAACGGACGGGGUGGCUGGGAUCCGGGUAAGGGUGGAGAGGGGCAGUGAAGGCGAGAUGAGGGUGCUGCGGUGUGAGGGGACGGCCAUUUUCCCAAUGACGUGGUUGUCCAUCCUGGCAUUGUUGGCUCACUUUUCGCUGCAAUGUGUGGGCGGAAUGCUCGUGUCUCCAGUUCGUGGUUCAGCUAAGAUUGCUAUAGCGUAUGGGGCUCGUCUUUCCCGGAACGGGGUGACACAAGUGCACACCGUUCUCCAAGGGCCGUUCCGGCAACGACUGAUACAAGUGGGACAUAAUGCCUCCAUCAGGCCAUUUACACGGCUGACCACUUUUCAACCUGAUCGGCUGGCACGUCACCCCGCCAGCCGUGUGCAGUCAAGAUGCGGUUUCUUCUCCGUGGGUGCUGCCUUUGCAUUCGGAAGCGCGGGCCGAUGUUUAGCUGCGUGUAUCACCCGGCUACUCCGGCUGUUUGUGAUCUCCGCUGUCUCUGCCUUUGUUGUCAGUGAGUCCCAGCGAAAUGCGGUGCCGCAGAGCUCCCGAGGAGGCAAACUUGCAUGCUCGGCCUCUAACCCCGAGUCCAACCACCGCUGGUCAGAGAGCGAGAUGUUCAAGCGUUUUUGGUUUGUGGUCACCCGGCAAGAUUUGAUUCAUAUCUUGGAGUGA